UAAAACGGUAUUCCGGUCUUAGGGAGGGGGGCAGCAGCAGCAUGGCAUCCGACGGCAGCAUGGCGAACGUUAACGGCCGAGAGACCGUGUCCCUGAACGGGGAGCCGGUGGUGAAGCGGCCACGGGAGAGCGUCGCCCAGGACUCGUCGCUCCGCAUCCCGAAGGAGCCGCAGAACAAAGUGACGGUGGUUCUCGGAGCUCAGUGGGGCGACGAGGGCAAAGGAAAAGUUGUGGACUUGCUGGCAAUGGAUGCGGAUAUUGUAUGCAGGUGCCAGGGAGGCAACAAUGCAGGUCACACGGUGGUCGUGGACUCAGUGGAGUAUGACUUCCACCUGCUGCCCAGUGGGGUCCUCAACAAGAAGGCUGUCUCCUUCAUCGGCAACGGAGUGGUGAUACACCUACCAGGUCUGUUUGAGGAGGCUGAAAAAAACCUGCGUAAAGGCAAAGGAUUACAAGGAUGGGAGGAGAGAUUAAAGAUUUCUGAUCGUGCCCACAUUGUGUUCAACUUCCAUCAAGCUGUUGAUGGAAUCCAGGAGCAGCAGCGGCAGCAGCAAGAAGGGAAAAAUUUGGGAACCACAAAGAAGGGUAUCGGUCCUGCCUACUCCUCCAAGGCUGCUCGAAAUGGUCUGCGAGUCUGUGACCUGGUCUCAGAUUUCAAGGUUUUUGAGGACAAGUUUCGUAUGUUGGCGGAACAUUUCCUGACCAUGUAUCCGAACCUUAACGUAGACAUCGACAGUGAACUGGAGCAGCUGAAGGCAUACGCUGAGAGGCUGCGUCCUCUGGUGACUGAUGGUGUGUAUUUCAUGCACAAAGCUCUUACUGGACCUAGUAAGAAAAUCCUGGUGGAAGGAGCCAACGCUGCCCUACUGGAUAUUGACUUUGGGACGUAUCCUUUUGUGACAUCAUCCAACUGCACCGUGGGAGGUGUGUGCACCGGUCUUGGCGUGCCUCCAUCUUACGUUGGCCGAGUGUACGGAGUCGUCAAAGCGUACACCACACGGGUGGGCGUUGGUGCUUUCCCAACAGAGCAGGAUAAUGAGAUUGGGGAGCUGCUACAGUCCAAAGGGAGAGAGUUCGGUGUGACGACAGGCAGAAAAAGGCGUUGUGGUUGGCUGGAUCUGAUUCUGGUCAGAUAUGCCCACAUGGUCAAUGGCUUCUCAGCAAUUGCCCUGACCAAGCUGGACAUUUUGGACACACUGCCUGAGAUUAAAGUGGGCGUGGCCUACAAGGUUGACGGACAACCUCUACCAAGUUUUCCAGCAAACAUGGAUGUUUUGAUGCGGGUUACAGUGGAGUACAAGACGUUUCCCGGCUGGUGCUGCAGCACCGAGGCAGCUCGGAGCUUCGAGGAGCUGCCGUCACAGGCACAGACUUACAUUCGGUUCAUCGAGGACUUCCUGCAAGUGCCAGUGAAGUGGGUUGGAGUCGGCAAGUCCAGAGAAAGCAUGAUCAAACUGUUUUGAUCCCUCUGCAGUUUCCACAUCUUCAGCGACAGCUCAGAUAAUAACUUCAGGUUUUCAGAGGAGUUUAAAAUGCAAACUCUGUUUAAAAGGAAAUACUUCACCAGCAAGGCUACUACUUGUGAAACCUUUAGUCGCUGCUUGUGCAUCACAUUUACAAUGAUUCCUCACAGACAUAAUUUAUGCAUUCCACAUAUUUUUUCCAUAUUUAUUAGGGUGUUCAUUUUUAAUAUCUGGUACCAAUGGGAUUCUUUUUUUCAUUCCGUAGUAACGUGCAGUUUAUUUUUUAGCAUUUGAAACUAAUUUACUGUAAUUGACAUCUGUUCACCAUGCAGUUAUUUUUUUACAUGUAUUUGAAGAGCCAGUGAUGAACAGAUGUAGAAGCCUUGGUGUUAAAAGGACAUUACAAUUAAACAGAUUAUUUUUAGGCUUUGCAGUGCGAUGGAAUAUAAUUGAAAGCCAUCAUGUGAUCAGUGUGAUUGCAAACUUUUCUAUUGAACAAUUUUAAACCACUUUAAAAAUACAUCUCAGUUGUUACGUUUGUAAAAAAAUAGAUAUUUUCAUGAUGAUUGUUGGAAUGAACGUAGUGCUUCAAAAAGAUAAAGAAGGAUGAGUUAGUGCUUGCCAACUUGAGGUGAAAAAGAAUUUCUGACAUCCACACAGACAUUGGUUGUUAAAAAAUUGUGUGUAAAUGUAUAGAAAACAGUGGAUAGUAAUGUACAGAGUACAUGUCAACGUGUUUCCUACAUCAUUACAUUCAUCAUGCAAUAAUGUAAAAGACUCUUACUCAGCUUGCUGUUGUCAAUAAAUGAAAACUGUAAUGUUAA